AUGCAAUACUCCAUCUGUGUUGCCACAGAUUGUGACGGGGAAAAAGUUAACCUGCGGUUUCUCUUCGACUCCUACGGCCCAUCGCUGGUACAGCUUCUCAACCGCUCCAUUGUUGCAUUCAACAACGUCUUUCGUCUUCGCUCUGUGCCCCGCAUAUUUGCCGUGAGCGCGGCUGUUGUAUUCAACGAUGUGCACAGCACGUGGGAUCGCCUAGAGCGGUCCACGCAGUUGCUGCACAACAGUCAGGUGUACCUCUUCCAGCCUGACAUUCUUGAUCUGCCAGCAGAAAUACCUGAGCCGUUUGAGGGUCAAUCACUACUAGACGAAGACUAUGUCUCGCCACGACGUGAUGUGUCCACUUCACCGCAUGCUUUGGGUCCUUCACACUAUGAACCGCGGCCUGCGAUCACGAUAGAAAGUCCGCGGGGGAUGCCAAUGCGGCAUGAUAGUCAAAAUAAGCUAUCGAUUUGUGGCGUUGGAAGUAGAGUCCCCCUCGGCAGUCACUACUAUGACGUGAAGGAUGAUGGGACAAAGGAUAGGUUUUGUUCAGCGUCGUUUUCAACGCCGAAGCGAGGGGAUAGCCACGAUCUCCUGAAAGGUGAUCAAAUGUCCCUCUUGAAGCAAAGUUUCCACUUGUCUUCUGCAUCACCCCCGAUUCGACAACCGAGGGAAUCAAGCAUACGUAGCCGCAGCGACAGCAGAAGGAGCAUCCUGCGUGAGGAGCGAGAGAAGAUUGAGUAUCAAAUGCAGCUUCCUAUUGACGAGAUGCGGCGUAAGCUAAGGGAGGAGACGCGACAGCUAGAGCGUAGCAUCAGCCCCAUGUCAAGGCAGAUGAUGAAUUGA